UGUCAGAACAGACAAUAAUUUUUUUCAACAGAUAUCUUGGAAAAAAUUGUAUUUUCUUUUCACCAAAAAACAUAUAUGACCUAAUUUUGUUUUCAGAGGUCAUUUGCCAUGACGGGAUAAUCAAUGAACACAAUACGACUAACAUUCCAUCAUGUCCAAUUGUUAUGACGUGUGUAGGAUUUGCCUAGCCACCGGCGUUCGUAUGUUUACAUUUGUGGGAACUCCUUUGCAAACUGUCUAUGAGAAGUUCAUUAAUUGUUCUGUCCAAAGUGAGAAAAGGCCACUGAUAGCCUGCUACAUCUGCCACGCUCAGCUGAAGCGAAGUCACAACUUGAUGCUCAAAUGUAUUAAGUCUAAGAUGCUCCUCAAUGACCUUUUGAGGACGUGUAGUGAGAUAACAUCAUACAAUGUUGCAGAAAUCAACAGAGUAUAUAUGGAGCCCCGAGCCUCCCUGGGAGUGUGUCCGAUACAACACACAGAUUACAAUACCGGUGUAGAAGUUGAUGUUAAGAUUGAGCCGCUCUGGCAUGAUUCCGAGGUGGUGAAUCCAGAAGUAUCAUACGCGCAGUUCGCGUUUGACUUCGUGUCAGUGCCGGCGGAGCCCUGCCCACCAGAGGUUAUGGUCAAAGUGGAACCACAAGAUGACAAGACAGAACCUGUGUCUCCACCGCCAAUGGCAGUAGCGGACCAAUCAGAAAUCGAUGCUGGGGACCUACCAUUAAGAUACGUUGACACUGUCAUGGCGGACGGUAUAACUCACAAAGGUUUCUCAGCUGAGACGAAGAAUCAGCCCGUCGAGACGAACACAGAACUGGAUAAGACUAUAAAAGAUAAAACAAGAAUGCAUGAAUGCCACUUCUGCGAUCGGAAAUUCAAAGCGAAAGGUGCUCUGAAUGAACAUCUCAGAAUCCAUUCCGGUGAGAAACCUUACGAAUGUAACAUCUGCAACAUUAAAUUUACGAAGAAAAGAAAUUUAGACAUACAUUUGAGGAUUCACACUGGCGAGAAACCUCAUCAAUGUGAAGUGUGCAAGCGGAAAUUUAGCGAGGCGGUGAACUUAAAACGGCAUGUGAGGACUCACACUGGUGAGAAACCUUAUGAAUGUGAUGUCUGUCACAGAAAAUUCAAUGAAGCUGUUAAUUUAAAGAGGCAUAAAAGAACUCACACCGGUGAGAAACCUUACCAAUGUCCUUUUCCACCGUGCGAUAAUAAAUUUAGUCAAAAAAUUACUUUGGAGAGGCAUAUAAGGACGCAUACAGGUGAGAAACCUUACGAAUGUACUUUGUGUAACGCUAAGUUUCUCGCGAAUAGCGGCUUAAGUAGGCAUAUAAAGACGCACUGUGAGGAACAUAGUUUUGCAAGUGCGAAGAAAUAUUAUGUACUUAAUUCAAGUGAGAAACCUUUUGAAUGAAUGUCAUAGCUGCGGCCGCGCUGUCGUUACGAUCCAUCAAUUUUCUUGAGGAACGAAUCAUUUCAUAAAAUUGACAUUACCACAGUACAGAUUAUAAUUUUAAAGUCGAAGAUAGACUAAUUAUUGUCUUAGUUAAAAUUUGAAAAAUUGUAAUGACAGCUCGGCCGCAGUGGUCGAAUCGCAGAGCUUUAAAGACUUUAUGUAAUAUGGGACCGGACAAGGUAUUGGAAUUGUAAAAAAAUUUGCAAUAAUAUGAUAGAUUUUAAACAAUUAAAGUAAUUAAUUUUCUACUUUUCAACUUUAAUUUAUUGGCGAUCAAAGUUUAUGGGAAAGUCUACUUUGUUGCCGAUGACGUCAUUGGGUUGUCAUUUCGGCAAGUCGGAAAUAUCGCCCAAAAAAAUGUUAUUUGUCAUGAAACAAUAUUUUGUCCGGAAGCCUAUACGAAACACCAAUGAAAAAAAUACUGUAAUAAUUACAAUGCUUUCCAAGAUACGACGAUAACACGUAAGAAAAUCACACAUAUUUAUGUGAUACUGUAACGUGACGUCACGACACAUAAUAUCUUAGCGAAAAAAACUACAUUGUUCGACAGCUACCGUUACCGUUAUUACGUUUGUGGUGAUGACUUCUUCAUAAAAGGUCACGUGACUUUACACGCCACAAGUGACUUUUUCAUUUAAGUUUUUUAUGAUGGUGACAUGGUUAUUGUAAUACGAGGGAUGUUCUGUAGAAUUGAAAUUUCCCUCGUAUAUGGGUUUAGAAUUAAAGACGAAAAAGUAGAGACGUGUGGCGAGUUCCCCAUUAGCAAAUAAGAAUGAAAUGUAUUUAACAGUUAAACUGUUUACACUCCGUUUUUUCUUACCGAGUCCUAACAUGUUAUGCUGGCUCCACACUGUCGCCCAACAGUUCGCCAAACUUUAGCGGAUUCAGCACACAUUUCUGGUUUUUCAUUGCGGUAAAUGAUAGCACUCAUACUGACUACGCAAUGUUCACGCAUUCGCGUCGACGUGUGUCCGAGUUCGGCGACAGUGUGGAGCUUGCAUAAAAAAUCUUCACAUUACUUAUUGUUGAAUUUGUGAAUAAAUCAGAUUUUACGACGUAGUUCAAACCUAUACAUUUUAAAGUAGUUAAUUUUAUAUUACUGUAAAACCAUAAAAAGAUAUGGUAACGUUGUUUAACGUUGUUUAAUAUUAAGACGUGUUAGCAACAUCACUGGAUAUUCCGUUAUUAUUUCAAGUAAAUUUUAUAUAUUGUUAUAAACCGCAGUACUAUAAGAUACGUCUUGAAAAGAUACCAAAUUGCAGUUCGAAACAUAACUCCUUUAUUUAUCUAUGGUCACAAUUACAAUCAUAACUUAAGUGUCAAUAUCACUUCUUAUAAUUAAGCACUCAAUACACAAUAGUCAUAAAAUCGAAAUAUAAAUCAGUGUUCACUCACUU